CUUCGGUGUUUAGGGAGUUACUAUUCCAAUCGAAAGCCAACGGUGUUAGUUUGGUAACUCUCGGGGUUCAAUCACUGAAAGGAUUCAAAUCACUGAGUUCGGAAGGAAACAAACAUACGACGACCAAAUGAAGAUGCCGAGCUCCGCCAGCUUUCUGUGCGCAUCCCUCGUUCUGUGCGUCGCCGUCUCUCAUUCGCUUGGGCUUGUUCUCUCUGCAAAAGAAAGAAGGGGUUGGACAUUAAACAGUGCAGGAUACCUACUAGGACCACAGGCCAUGCGUAAUUAUCCACGCUUAAAUAAAAAGCUCAACCCUAUUGGCAAACGUGACCUGCAAUUCGAAGACAACGUUAAACCUGGAAGCUUACUACAAACUGUCACUGAUGAAACUGCUGCUCAUCUAGCCAUUGAAUUUCUUAUGUACUUGCACCUAAAAGAAAUGGGUGUACUUGACGAAUUGCUGUCACUGUCUUCACCUGAACUCGGCCAGUCAUAA